UAGUGUCUCCCUCUGUUCAAGAUGCAAACAUCUUUAUUUGUUUGAAUGAACUGAAGAAACGUACUGCCUCUCACCAACUAUCACACAUUUAUUCACAUUGUGAACAAACUGGUCGAAGAUACAGUAUGCUGGCUAUCACCGUCUGCCUGUGGGCAGGACAUCUGCUCUCCCUGACAUCUUUAAGUUCCCAAGCAUGCACCGAUGGUUCGGCCAAAGAGUGCAAAGAAGCUGAAUUUGUUCCAGGAUCCAACUUAGCUGGAGAGGGCUUUGACAUCACCAAGAUGGAACGCAAAGGAGCCUUUGUCAUCGACAUGAAUUUCUGGAAACGCAAAGACAAGACUUGUACCCUGUGCCGGAACCCCUAUCUGGAGGGCAAGAUGCAGAAACUCCCCCUGGCUGUGGUGGACUGGAGGCCAAGCCAGACAUGUAGCAUGAAAGUCUCGAGUAAACUUCACCGGUCCAGUGAGUCUCUCGUUAGCUCCGCCAGCUCCUCAGUAAAUAAUAACUGGAAGAUCAACUUGGAUGUGAAUGUCGCAGAUAAAAGUGGGAAAUUAAUGAUGGCUGGGACAACGUCUAGACUGUCUGAAUACUCAAUGGAGAAAACCAAGAGUGACAAGUUCAGUUUUACAAGCCACAGCAUAGCCUGUGGUUUUUACAGCUAUCGAGUCUCCAGCCAACCGAGGCUCCAUAGAGAAUUCCACAAAGCUGUGAAAAAUCUCCCCAAAACAUUUGAUCCAGAAUACAAAGCCCGCUAUUACAAGCUUAUUGACAACUUUGGCACCCAUUACAUCACUAAGGUGAACCUUGGUGGAACGGUGCAGUCUGUGACCAGCAUCAGGCAGUGCCAGGCCAGCCUACAGGGCCUCAGUGCCGAGGAGGUGCAGGUGUGCCUGGAUGUAGAAGCAUCAGCCAGUGUAGGAGGCAGCAGUCUGGAGUCAGAGUUUAAACGCUGCCAGGAGGACAAGGCAAAGACAGAGAGCAAAGCCAGUUUCUCCAGCAUGUUCAAUGACAGGUUCACAGAGAUAAAGGGUGGCCACACCACAGAGCCAGAGCUUCUCUUCUCUGCUGAUAAAGAUCCAGCAUCCUACAAGGAGUGGCUGAGGACCCUCCCCACCCACCCAGACAUCGUGUCGUACUCACUUGAGUCCCUCCAUGAGUUGCUGCCCACCACCAACCCACUGCGGAAGAACCUGCGCAAGGCAAUCAGCCACUAUAUCUUAGAGAAGGCCCUUUGGAAGAACUGUUCCGAACCUUGCCGGGAAGGCAUCAAGAGAGACUUCAAAGACCAGUGUGUCUGCAGCUGUCAAAAUGACCCUGCUGUCGGCUCAGACUGUUGUCCUAGGAAAAGGGGAUUGGCUCGUGUGGUCCUCACCGUGCAGAGGGGUGUGGCCCUGUGGGGAGACCACUCCACCGCCACGGACGGCUUUGUAAAGGUGAUCGUCGAAGGGCACGAAGAGAAACGUACUCCUGUCAUUUACAACAACAACAGCCCUCACUGGGCUAUGACCUUUGACCUGGGAACCAUGGAUCUCUCAGUAGUUAGGAAAGUGAGAUUUGAGGUUUGGGAUGAGGACAGCAAAUGGGACGACGAUUUCUUAGGGGGAUGUGAGAAAGAGUUUACUGCUGGAGUAGGGGAGGACCUUUGCAUUCUUCAGCACGGAAAGAUGUUCUACAAAUGGGAGGUGACCUGUGCACCAAGCUUGAGUGGUCUCACUUGCAUGGACUACAAACCCUCUCCAAUGAACCCACACCUUGAGAAGGUGUACGUGUCACGGCAUGCCCAUCCUGUUCCCAGAGAGAUGUUGGCGAAAAUGGGGGUGUUUGUGGAUGAGCCAAAGCUCCAAGAUACCAAAGCUUUAAUACCGGGAGCGUAGAGUGAGGUUGAUUUUCAAUGUAUCUAACCUGCACGUCAACCAAAACGUUACAUUUCAACUCUGUAAAUGUUCGAGGUCAGAUCAAUGGAAAUUUCUUCUGUCCUCUUAUUUAUGUGAUAUUUAUGUAUUAUUUUGGAUCGUUUUGAUUUGUGUAGCGUACACUUGUAUUACAGUGUCUUUCUUUAUUGCCUCUGGCCUUGAAAGUGUGAGCACAUGUUUAUUAAAAAAGCUUUCAAGUCAGAAUUGUCGUGAGAGCUUUAUGGGUCGACAUACCCUUAGGUCGUCCAACAAACUGC